GGAAGAGGAAAGAUGUUCCUUCCCUCCUCCUGCUGCUGCUGCUGCCGGAAGCGCCCCAGGCGGAAGUGAGUGCCGGUGUCAUCCGAGGAGGAAGCUGGCGGAGGGAACAGGCGUGCUGUCGAGCGGCGGACUUGGGGGCCCAGCAUGGCGGCGCAGCGGCUGGGCGAUCUGUGGGCCGAGACCCCCCUGGAGAGCCGGAUCUUCUGCUCGGUGCUGCUCUUCUCGUGGGCCGUCUACCUGUGGGAGGCGCUGCUCGCCUGGCGGCAGGUCGGAGGCAACCUUUCCCUUUUCGUGUCCCCCCCCGCCCCGUUGAGUUGCAGCAAUUGGUAGCUGGCCGCGUUGGAUGAGGAGGAGGAGGAAGGACAGAAAUCCCCCCCCCCCGGUGAUUCCAGCACCCGAGGUUGCUGUCAAGCCAAGGGUGGGGGAAUCUCCUGGCCCGCCUUUUCUCAACCUUAGAUCCCCAAAUGUUGGACUACCAACCCCCCCCCCAUCAUCCCUGACCCCUGGUCCCGCUUGCUUAGGGAUGGCGGAGGUCGUGGUCCAUGAGCAUCUGGGCCACCCAAGGGUGAGAAAGGCUGGGUCAGAUGUUGCAGGGCUGCCUCUCCCGUUGCCUGAGGCCGCCCCCCCCCCCUUGCUGAAGUUAAGCAGGCCUGGGUGGGGAGGCAGCCACGUUGACACUACCUUAAGUUCCGUCCGGGGGGAAAGCUGGGUGUUAAAUCUGUGGGCGUGAAAUAACAGCCUCCUGCCCUGAGAGUUUUGUUCCUCCUUUUCUUCACAGCUGUCAACCCCACCCCUGCUUUGGCAGCUGGGAAGGGGGUGCCCAUCCAUUGCUGCUGAUCUAAGGCUUUUAAAUACUGCACACGCUUUCUAAGCCGAUAAAUGAUUUUAUUAACUCUUCUGUAGUCUUUCCUGUAUAGGAUAGCUUUUGGUUUGCUAGCUCCUCUCUUUGUAGCAGUGGUGGAGAACCUGUGGUCCUCUGCAUGCUGUUGGACUCUUAUCAGCUGGAGCCAUAGUAGUCCUCCACUGUCUGUUGGAACCCUAUUGUGCCCUUUGUUUCUUUUCUCCAUAUAUGGUGCCGAAGAGGAUGCGAUUAUUUACUAUUACUUCCUUGUCCCCUCUGUGUCCUCCUCAGCAAGGUGCCCCACUUUGAAAAGAUGUCUAAUAGCAGGGUUCUUGGAUUGAUUUAGUACAGCAAUUGUGUGUUAGUGUUAAAAUAAAUUAGUAGACCCAAAGACUACAAACUUGCAUCUUCCAAAGUACCCAUAGCAAGCGGUUGAUAAGAGCAACCAUGCUGCUGUUAGACCUAAUUCAUUCAGGCAACCGUUCUGAGGAUGCUUACAAGCAAGUAAGCCUCAUUGGAUACAGUGCUAUUGAUUUCUAAGCAAACAUGUACGGGAUUGUUAUGUGUGUAGACCUUAUUGGUGUGUGUAUGCAAAAAUUUCUUGGACUUCACUCAUUGUUGCUGCCGGUAUCAAAUUUUUAAAGGAAUUUUCUCAGUACAUUGCUGAAACUUGGUUUAUAACAACAGGAUCAUUGAGAGACUACAGUAAAAUCAGACCCAAGGACACUUUUACUUUUCUCAAAAUAUGGGAUGUAAGGUUUGCCUCAAAUAACUGAAUUGUGCAAAUUCCCUCCAUUGUAGCUUAAGGCUAUGUAGAUUUGUAGAAACCACAAUGAAUCUGUGGUGGAAAUUAGGGCAAGUUGUAGUGUAUGGGAUUUUCCCCAUUUAAAUUUUAUUAAUGGUAUUAAUUCUGAAGCUACAGAGACAGACAAUACUUUAACCACACCCACACAUUUCUCAUAUCGUGUUUCCUUUCUCACUCCCCCACUCUUGAAUCAAAGAAUAGGGAAGAGGAAAAUGUGGAGAACAUUGAAGAGGCAUCAAGUAGUCAAGUAGAACUAGGAAGUUCUGCCAGCUACUUUAAAAUGUCUCAAUGUUCUAUUACUCUUGGCAAAAGUCACAUUUUGCUGUUAGGCAUAGCUUCUGCCUUCUAUUUUUGUAGGCGUUUGUUUAUUUACUUGUAUGAAAAUUUCUACCCUGCCUGUGUAAGAGUGCCCACAAGGUUAGUUUUUUAGGCCCAUUGAUUUGUUGUUCUAUGCCCAGGCUUUGGAGGAGAUCCCAAUAUCACCUGUGUCAUUGUAGUCUUGGAAUACUUUGUCACUAACAAUCCUUGGAUAGAAAGAAGAGGGGCUUCCUGUGACACCUGAGAACAGAGCUCUAGAAGGUAGAUGGUAACUUGUAUUUACUGCUAUGUUUAAAAUUUUUCAGAGGACUGUGUACAGGACAACCACCCAUGUUCCACUGGAAUUAGGACCAAUCAUGGACUCGGAAACAUUUGAGAAAUCUCGCCUUUAUCAAUUGGAUAAAAGUGCUUUCAGCUUUUGGUCAGGGCUGUACUCAGAGAUAGAGGGCACAGUAAGUAUCUGUUUUUCCUCUUAAGUUCUGUGGUUUUUCUUUAUUAGUUAGAAUGUAAAAUAGUAUUUCAAAAUGUAUUGGGAAUGAGAUUUUCAUUUAAGCAUCAGAAAAUGCACAAUAUCAAGCCUAAUCCUAUGACAGGAUGUAAGAAUCUUCUGGUAUUUCAAUUUCUUAGGACAGUCUUCAGACUUGUGGGAUUCCUCCUUCUUUUUACUAGAACCCCCACAAUCCAUCACUGGAGCCUCAUAUAAAUGGUAUACUGAUAGAUUUAAAGAAUUAUGAGCCUGGGAAUUUGUUUUGAGUAUCAGAGCUGAAUUAAACCCACAGUCUUUUUACAUAAAAUUUAAUUUAUGGUUACCUCUCUGCCCCACCCACCCCACAAGCUUCCUUCAUUACAGCAGCACAAAUAGGACAGAGACAGUCAUUUUGUUGCUAUUAAACAAAUGGGAGUCAUAGAUCCUUACAAAUCCACUGAAAAUUACCCAGAGAUCUACCUUCUGCCCUCCCUUGUACUAGAACACUGUCCGGCCAGUGGCAUAGAAUUUAGGGGGUGCAAUGCUUUUUCUAGAGAUGCUUCUGUCAGGAGAUGAUGUAUGCUGUCUGUAAUGAUUUUGCUGCUUAUUUAAUGUUGGGGUCAGGCUGAAACUGUUAGACUUUGUGACACUCAGUUCGUUUAGAUGUGACACCAAACCAUGGUUUGCUGCUACAUGGACCAUGAUUUAACAUCACAUGAGUAAGCCCUGAUUUCUUCUCCUACUGCACUUCCUCUUUUGCAGCAAACAAUUGUUUGCCAUUUAUAUUCAGAUUGACAAGCGUUGGUUUGUACUUUGCUUUCAGAAAAGAGUCACAUACCAAAAUCGAAUGCUGUCAUACACACACACACACACACACACACACACACACACUCUGACUUAGAAGGCAAGCACAAACCAUAGCUUACUGAUUUGCAUAUAAUGGCAAAUGAUGGCUUGCCAUGAAAAGGAGGAAAUUGCCCAAAUUUUGUAAAUACUUUUACCCAUUUACCAAGGCCUCUUAGGCUGUGAUCCUGUACCAACUUACCUGGGAGUAAGCUACAAUGAAUCCAGUGGGACUUACUUCUGAGUAGAUAAAUAAGAUUGCAGGUGCCUUCUCCUUUCAGUGUGAAUUGCUGCUGUUCUCUCUCUCUCUUCCUCCCCCCCCCCUGGUUUUCCAGUUUGUUGAUUUUAGUCUUACAUUAUAAUCUUGAUGGUUUUGUUUUCUAACUGCCUGCUACUGUAUGAGUACUUCUUGACCUGAAGGCAAGGAUAACAGGUGCAUUCAAUAAAUACAAAUAAAACAGACACUAAGCUACUAGGAUUUCUUUUCUGGGUGCUUUCCACUGUAGCUUGGCUCAAUCAUUUCAGUUGUCUGGAUAGUUUUAACCAAACUAUCUCUUGAAGUGGGGAAAGCACUGUGGCAUAGGGGACUCUUAUACUUUUGCUUGUGUUUCAGCCUUUCCCCAAGCAGCUCAGAGUGGUGUUUCAGCUCCACAAAAUCCCGCGAGAUUAGUUAAGGAAGGGAGACCGAAGGGCUUUCCCAACGAUAGCUGUAAGCAGGGUGGAACUUGUAACUGAGCAGAUGGAGCUUCAGCUGAGUGGGCAUUGGCAGCUAGAUUUUUCAUAUCCUAGCUCAGCACACACUAACCCCUGCACAACACUGACUUUCUGGCUCUGUGGGUGCUAUCCAGCCCCCUCGUUCUAUUAGCACAAGGAUUUGUGCUUGCGCAGCACAACUUCCUCCACCUGCAUGUGCCCCAUGCUCUCCCCAAAUCUGCUCUGAAAGGUAUGGGGAACCCCCAGAACAGAUUUAGUAGACGUACAGAGGAGGGGGGGAGCCUUGUGCUAACAGAAUGAGUAACUUAGCACCACUUUGGAUUCAAGCCGUUGUAACUAGAGGGCAAUGGGUUAGUGCAGUAGUCUUCAGCAGUUUUGCUGAUCCUGGACCCAGCCUGCAAUAUGGGACCCUUGUUUGCUUUAAAAAAACAAAAACCCCACAAAUAUGUCACUAGUUUAAGAACCAGCAGGCACAGUUCUUACUCCCUAAUAGCUGUACCAAAGAGGGGAUUCUGAUAAGAGCAGCUUGCUGGGUGAGGUGUGAAGCGGCGCCGGCUGAAAUUCCCUCUUCACGGCUAUUAACAGGAAAGACGCUCCGUUCUCUUAUUUGCAUCUCCUCUUCCCUUGUUAAGGUGCUCUUACGGUAGUGCAAAGGCGGAGGAUGAGAGAGGCUUGAUUUUGUUGUUCAUGUGAUUCCUAAAUUUCGGGGCUAGCCUGUUCCAUAAAGCUGUGGGUUGGCUUUUUACAGGUAAUUCUUCUGUGUGGAGGAAUCCCUUUCCUCUGGUCUGUAUCUGGAGACAUUUCAGCUCGUGCCGGUUUUGGGCCUGAAUAUGAGGUAGGUCCCAAUGUCCCCCACUCCACCUGUAACUAAACUAUCCAUUUUUAAUAAAAUUCCAGCUGCUCUUCCCUUUGCCUUUUUAAAUAUGAGCAAUGAGAACAUGGAAAAAGCCCUACCGAAUGGGACCAAAGGCUGAUCUUGUUCAAGACUAUGUUUUCCUGCAGUGGCAGGCCAGAUGCCUUUAUAGGAAGUCCCUAAGCAGCGCGGGUGGCGCUGUGGGUUAAACCACAGAGCCUAGGGGUGGCCAAUCAGAAGGUCGGCGGUUCAAAUCCCUGCGAUGGGGUGAGCUCCCGUUGCUUGGUCCCUGCUCCUGCCAACCUAGCAGUUCGAAAGCACGUCAAAGUGCAAGUGGAUAAAUAGGUACUGCUCUGGCGGGAAGGUAAACGGCGUUUCCAUGUGCUGCUCUGGUUCGCCAGAAGUGGCUUAGUCAUGCUGGCCACAUGACCCGGAAGAUGUACGCCAGCUCCCUUGGCCAGUAAAGUGAGAUGAGAGCCACAACCCCAGAGUCGGCCACGACUGGACCUAAUGGUCAGGGGUCCCUUUACCUUUACCUUAAGCAGGGCAUGGAGGCAACGUGGGGAUAAUCCCCAGAGCAGUAUGUGGGGGGAGGAGAGAGGCACUCAUUCCGUCUGGCUCCCACAAGCACAAUGGGGAUUGUUCCAUAUGGAAAGCAGGGAUGCUUGCGCUGAUGGAACAAUUGUAAUAGCAUGGCAUUGAAUUCCUCCCAAUGUGUCUGAAGUUAGGGAAGUACUGACUUGUAUUUCCCCCCUCCUUACGCAUAGAUUGUUCAGUCCUUGGUGUUCCUGCUGCUUGCUACACUCUUCAGUGCUGUCACCGGUCUUCCGUGGAGCCUCUAUAAUACUUUCGUCAUCGAGGAAAAACAUGGAUUCAACCAGCAGGUAUCUUAUAGUAUUUGUUGGUCGCCAAAUUGAUAGCAGCAGUUUUCCUUCUGUGCCUGCAUGAUUUGUGCUUAUUUGGCUUUUAAAUCUAUAUAAGGAGCUGUGGGAAGCCUUUGGCCCUCCAGAUGUUGCUGAAUUACAACCACCGUCAUUGGCACGCUUGCUAGGGUUGAUGGGAGUUGUAGUUCAGCACCAUCUGGAAGGCCAUCAGUUCCCUAUGCCUGCUGUACCGAUUCUCCUGCUUCAUCUAACUGUUCUCCAAUGGCCUAGACAAGUUUUGAGUGGAGCUAAAGAGCAUGCGAUUUUUGAACCUCUUAUAUAUUCACAUAGCUGGCUUCCAAACAUUUCAUCUUAUUAUCUCUUCUUCUGCAGACUCUGGGAUUCUUUUUUAAAGAUGCAAUCAAGAAGUUUAUAGUGACCCAGUGUAUCCUGUUGCCAGUAACGUCACUUCUACUUUACAUCAUUAAAAUAGGUGGAGACUAUUUCUUCAUUUAUGCAUGGCUUUUCACCUUAGUAGUUUCUUUGGUGAGUAUGUGAUGCAGUCUGCUGUGUCCAGAAUUGCUUCAUGUGUAACUCUUAUUAAAUUGGGGAGUUGGUUGUCUCAAGUCACUAAAACGGCUUGCCUGCUUAUCAUGGCUUCCUUUCCAUCUUGCCCCGUAAAACUGUAACUUUGCUAACAGGUCAGUUUAACUAAAUUAUUCUUAUUUAGUUAACCUGGCAGCUGUGGCAGGGGGCACAAUCUAGUCCAGGUUAAGCGCUAUUCAAUCUCUGGCUACAACAUUUAAUUAAAGAAUCAAAUGAAAAUGUGUCUUGAUUAAUCAGGCAGUUGAUGUUUAAGUUUGAUACACAUUUUAAAAUACACCAAGCAGCAUUUUAGAGGCGGCUAUUUCUUCUGUGUGUGGCAGAAGGGGUGCCAACAGGAUUUUCGGGGCCCACUGCAGUGUAUAUGGAUUCCCCCCCCCAAAAAAAAGAAGCUGUUGAAGGCGGACAUUAGGAAAUUUUGAGCCGGGUGUCAUCAGUAUGUUGACAAUAAUAUCCGGACCUGAGGUGCACCACCACUGCAUUAGUAACUCUAGGCUGGAUUACUGCAAUUCUCGCUUAUGUAGAAGUGCCUUUGACAUUGUAUUGCGCAUUCCUGGAGAUAAAUGUUAAUGAUGAAUAAACUGGCCUAAGGUGUCUCUGUUUUAACAGUUGUGCUCCGCUGUAGGUCCUUGUCACAAUCUAUGCAGACUACAUUGCUCCCUUGUUCGAUAAAUUCAUCCCACUCCCUGAAGGAGAGCUGAAGCAGCAGAUUGAGGAGAUGGCAAAGAAUAUAGACUUUCCUCUGACCAAAGUGUAUGUGGUGGAAGGUGAGAGUCCAUACAUUUCUGGGACAGCACAAGUCACAAGGCAGCUUGUGAUGAUAGGAAAACAGCAGAAUAUAUUAUCAGGAUCCAACCCCAAUGCAACUUAAAAUGCAUUACACUCUUACAAUACGUUACACCCUUAAAUAUUUAUCAUUUUACUAUAUUUUUUACCAUAUUUACCACAAUCCAUUUUAGAUUGUAAAAAUUUGGGGUGAUAGCCAGCCUUCUUCAUAGAGUAGACCCAAUGAAGCCUGCGGAUGCAAGUAUUACUUAGUUGACUAUCGCCCUUGGACUAACAGGAUAGACAACAUGCAAUGGCACCAGUCAUGCUUUCCUGGGGAGGGACAGAAGGAUCACCAUUAUAGGGUACCAUCAAAGGAAGUGUCUUUUAUAAGAAGGGCCCUACUGGGUUGGGCCAAAGGCCCAUCUAGUCCUUCACUCUGUUCCCACAGGGGCCAGCAAUAGUCACCCACCUAACCUCCGAGGGCUGGGCCAGCUGACGAUCUCGGCUGCAGGACAGAUUCAUGUGGACUUUCCUCCCCACUUAAAAUCUGUCCCCAAGAUAAAGGGGACAUGUUCACUUGCUUGCUUCUGUAAUGUGACUUUGUUCCCACUCUUCUCCCACCUGCCCCAGGUUCCAAACGGUCUUCCCACAGCAAUGCUUAUUUCUACGGCUUCUUCAAGAACAAGCGUAUCGUGCUGUUUGACACUCUCUUGGAGGAUUAUUCUGCCCUUAACAAAGAGCGCCCUGAGGAGCCUGGCUCAGAGAACCAGGUGGCUGGAGGAGACGGGGAAGAUGCCGAGGCAAAGGCUAAAGCCAAAGUAAGCAUCUGGAUUGGGGGGGGUAUAUCACUAAGGUGCAGCUGUUCUGAUCUAAGAUUUCCUAGGUGGACUGGAAAGAAGGCAAGGGCAAUUGUUCAGGGAGUGCAAGUGUGCACAUCAGAUCCUUGGCAAUAAAUGCUAAAGUGGUUGUAGGUGGCUUUUACCCAGGGCUGGGGAACCUGAGGUCCAGAGGCCAAAUCCAGGACUCCCUAUUCUGGCCCUCAGGGCUAUUCCCUUCACUGACCCUGUUCGGUGCCCUCAUCACGUUCCUUUGCAUCGGUGGAAUGUGUACUGUUAUAAAGCUUCUGGCUUGCCAGGAUGACUUUUGCACAGGUGGAAUGUAGCCUUCUGCACAAAGAGAGGUCACCUAUGUUCCCCCGCUCAAUUUUGCCUCUGGCCACACCCACCUCUGCUACGCAGCCCUUGGGAGGUUGCCUACCAGAGAAUGGUUUCCCAUUUUUGCAAUAACCCUAAAACCUGAAUGUGGCUCAUAAUUCGUUGUAGCUAUGAACUUUUGUUACCUGCUAUUCUGCACAUUUCUUUUGAGGAUAAAGCUCUGAGCAACCAGAGCUUUGCUGCAGUAGCUCCAUUACUUCACAGAUCUCUUCCCAGGGAGUUAAGCCAUGGCUUCCUCUCUUAUUUAUUUUUACGGAAACCCUAUUUUAAAAUCAACUUUUGAACGACCUUAUUUUUCUGAUGCCACUUUGAGCUGUUGCUGUUAUUGUAUGGCUAGAUGUGUUCCGCCACGCAUUAGGAUAAUACGCUUGAAAAUAUUUAUAUUAUGAGCCAUCUUGGCCUCAGUAACCCUGACAGGAGGCCUACAGAUACAGUAUUAUGGUCCCAGGGUUGGUUACGCAAAGUAUCAAAAUUUAAAAGGGGCUUUCCCGAAGCGUCCAGUAUUGACCCUCUGGGAUUUAUUAGAUUGUGCAGCAGGGGUGACUAAGGACCCAGAGAGCCAAUAGAGUGUCAAAAAUCACCCAGGUGUAGGAAAGCUAUUCGCAAAGUAUCAUGUGAAGAAUUUCUGCUUCCUGUCCUGCAUUCGUGAGCUUGGAAGAUGGUCUUUGCUCAUGCUUGGAUAACAUGUUCCUUCUCUCUCCUCCUCACCCCCCCUCCCCUUUACUCGAGAAUAAGAAGCAAGGUUGUAAAAAUGAAGAAGUCUUGGCUGUUCUGGGUCAUGAGCUGGGGCACUGGAAACUUGGCCACACGAUUAAAAACAUCGUCAUCAGCCAGGUGAGCAGAAAGCACCGAGGAAAUUCCAAUGGGUUUUGUUUGAGUGUGCUUAUAUUGUCAUGCAGUGUCAUUCCUUUAGUUAUGGAAGCAGUGAAAAGGAAUGUGGGCAAGCAAGAGUGUAAAUGGGGAGGUGUGUUAACAGAGAGGUGACUUAGAGCUGAACAGCCCAUUACACAGAAAUCUGAUUGACCUCCCACUUUCCCCCUCUUAAGACUUAAAAAGCAGUCCAGGAGACGGGGGCAGGGGGAUGGAAACAGACUGCAUCAGUGCUUAGGUGCUAUUGGGGUGGAGGUUAGCUUUUCUCUUAUUUCUCCCCUGCACUGUGGUCCUUGGAAGCAGCUAUGUAUUUACCUGUAUUUUGGUCCCAGAUGUGGAAGCUCCAGCUGCUGCUGGAUGCAGUGCCAAGACUGCUGAUGCAGGCAGAUGGCUAACAGCAUGUGAUACCUUUCUUAAAACAUCUACACUGCGCUACUGGACCAGGUUCAAGACUCUUGUGCUGAUCUGCAGAGCCAUGAAUAACUUGGGUCCGGGACAUCUUAAGGCCCGCCUGAGCCCUUACAUCCCAACCCGAUCACUGAGAUCAUUUGGAGGAGCACUGUUAGUUGCCCCGCAUGUUACAGAGCCCCGGCUGGCCUCCACUAGAAGUUGGGUACUGAGCGUCACAGGCCCCAUGGUGCAGUACACUUUUCCAACAGAUUCAGCAGGCAUUUUCGCUUCUGAAUUUCAGGUGCCUAUUCAAGGCUUUUUAAGCCAACUCUGCAAUUCCACAUUUUCUAAUUUUAAUGAUUGCUCCCAUACCACUUUAAAAGGUUUAGUAUUUUAUUUUUAUAUUGUUGUGCACCGCUUUGAUAUUUUAUGAGAGGGUGGUAUAUAGAUACUUUUACAAAUUUUACAAAGGUUGCUAACAAAUCAUUAAGGCAACACAUGCUGCUCUUUUUCUUUCCUAGAUGAACUCCUUCUUGUGUUUCUUUUUAUUUGCCGUGUUGAUUGGUCAAAAGGAGCUCUUUGCAGCUUUUGGAUUUUAUGAUACUCAGCCAACCCUGAUAGGCCUGUUGAUCAUCUUUCAGUUUAUUUUCUCUCCUUAUAAUGAGGUAAAGUUCUGCUUUUGAUUGCACACUCAAGCCAUUAUUGCUGAAAUGCUAGUAGUUUCUUUGCUGCCUUAAACCCUCCUAUCCCACAAUAAUGCUGUCAGUAUUCUGAUUCAUUUUUUAAUAGUUUCCUCAGUGGUACCAGUUGUGUAGCAUUUCUUUGUUUUUAUUUUGCAGAUUUAUAAACUGCUUCACAUCCAGAAGCUGUUGAAGUAGUAUACAAUUUAAAGAAUUGUCUUUACCAUGCAGAAGGCUAGUGGGUACAAGGCUGGGCUUUGGAGGAUUCUGAAACAUGUUCUGAGUUCUUAAUGUAACUUCCCUAUAUUGUUUCCCUUACAGGUUCUCUCCUUCUGCUUAACUGUAUUAAGUAGGAGAUUUGAAUUUCAAGCGGAUGCAUUUGCUAAGGAUCUUGGAAAGGCUACAGACUUGUAUUCCGCUCUGAUCAAGUUAAACAAAGAUAAUCUGGGAUUUCCUGUUUCAGACUGGUUGUUUUCAAUGUGGCAUUAUUCUCAUCCUCCGCUGUUAGAAAGACUUCAAGCACUGAAACAAUCUAAGCAAGACUGAAUGAAAUAACUACUGGCUCAAAGGAGCUUCCAUCCCAAAACAAAUUUCCAGUUUUUAAAAACCAUCUAUACAUAUAUAUAUUCAUUCCAUUCCUGAGCACACCAUUCUGCAUAGCAACAUGCGCUGUUCACCUUAUUUGAAAGUAGCGCCCAAAAAUCCUGUAUCCAAUUUACGGAACUGAAUUUUAAAGAGAAAUACCUUGCGGGGACUGAAUUGGAAAGGAAUGUAACAUGUAAAGUUUUAUCUGAAAAUCUUAACAAAGCCGUACUUGAGGGGAAAGUUUAACUUGUCACAACCUGAAGUAUCCAUGCUUGAAUUUGUGAAAGCUUUGAAUGUGACUUUUGUACCUUUUAAGCAGUUUGUCUGGAUGUUCUUACAGUACGAUAAACUUCUAGCUUUCCUACCUCAUCCAAUGAGGGGGUCUGAUCCUGGAUAACUAUCCUUCCCCCCUCCCCUUCUGACCGUUGGAUUUCAAGCAUUUAAACCAAACGCUGUCUGGACUGAAAGUGUGAACUUUCCCCUUUAGGUCCAAGUUCAUACCUGCAAUGAAUGAAAAGGCUACUUUUUACAGAGAAAAUAAAGUCGCCUCUCUCCCUGUAUGGGGAAUGGAGAAUAAAUUGCAGCUCAUGAAACAUCCUG